AGGAAGUAGCCGAAAAAUUGUUUAUGGAAAAAUGGUGUUACGUCUAUGGUCUUAAAACUGUGUAGUCUCAAGACAUUGACUGAGCACUUCAUUUCAAAUUACUAUAACAUAAGUGUUUAACAUUGGCAUAGUGCAAAGAACAUGUACGAUACAGUCGCCUUUAACGCUCAGCUAGCCUCCAUCGUCGAGGUUUUGGCGAAUGCAGCCGUUGCCGAAAUCUGCAAACUUGUAGAUGACGGACAUGCUGCCUUACGUUUGGAAAUUUCCCAUAGCCAGAGAGAAAUCGAUAACCUGCGGAGGAAGUUGCUGCUGACAAAAUUCCAGCAUUCUCGACGGAGCGCAGAGAAAUUCGGAACCCUCCGACACACUGUCAGCAGACGGGACACAGAUCUUGUUGCCCGGGCAAGAGGGAGCUUCCAAGGAAAGUCAACAGUGGAGAAUCGCUGUGCCGACCGUAAAGGGAUAAAUUUUACGCAGGAUGCCACCAACUGGAGAGACGCAGGACGCACAGCGACAGACAAGGAUGGGGACAUGCCGAUGGCAGAUAUGCAAGAGGCACCUCUUAUCAAAAUGGAGAACCUUGACACCAGCAGCCCGGAAGAGAUUGUCCAACUGGUCAGUGACAGCAGUGAGAAGAUUGUGCCAGAACCAGGUGCUUCAUCAUCUACUGAAACCACAGACCCUCUGGACCAGCAGGGCAACAGACCCAGAGCUCCAGACACCUCACUCAAUAUAGAACCUGAAAACCAGACGUUCCAGCAUCCAGCGUCACAAUACAACAGAGCAAGACAGGAUCAUCAGGUUGCUGAGGGUGUGACCUGGGAAACUGACCAUCAACCCAUAUCAUACAGUCUGUCCCAAUGGACAGAGAACCAAGACACUGACAACUCAACUGUGAAUGCUCCUCAUAAUGUAGGGCCAGACUCCAAGAGGCUGUCUGAACAUCCAGAGAGGAGAGGGGUGUCUGGUAACUCUGGUGUCUGCAUGUCUGCUUCAGGCUCUCUGGACUGGCUGCCUGAUGUGGUGAUGGUGGACUCAGUUCCCAUUAAAGUAGAGGCAGAUAUGAGUUCAGAAUGGAGCCUAACUGGCCAAGAGGCGACAUCUGUAGAGGUCUGUUCAGACAGCAGGCAGCUUGUGGACAACAGAGGAAGAGGGGGAAUGGAAUCUGGACAGACAAAGUGUCCCCCUGACACUCAACAUGCGGCGCCAGGGACAACUGUAGUACCAAGGUCCAAGUUGCCAGAUUUCAACGGACUGUCCACCCAAAACAGCUUUUCAUCCCCAAGGGUUACCCUCCACCAGGUUCCCCAAAGAGGGAAGCCAGCUCCCUUCCCAAAUUUCAACAGAGGCUCCACUUCUUCACCGAAAGGCAUAGAAAAGCAGCCACAACAGCUAAUGUCUCACUCCACCCAGAGGCAGCUCCGGUGCAGCCUCUGUGGAAAGCCCUUUCCCAAGCCGGCGCACCUGCAGAGGCACAUGCGGGUCCAUACGGGGGAGAAACCGUACGGCUGCAGCCACUGCACCAAGCGCUUCUCCCACAGCCACCAGCUGAAGAUGCAUGAGAGGGUGCACACCGGAGAGAAACCAUUUCAAUGUGUCUACUGUGGGAAGUGCUUCACCCAGUCCGGCCACAUGAAGAAGCAUCUCCUCGUCCACACUGGUGGCAGGCCACAGGACAUUGGGCUGCCCUGAGUGUUCCAUGCUGAAAUUUCCCUAGGUACAGAUCUUGGAUCAGUUUCCUUUCCCCAAUCCUAACGUUAAACAUUUGUCUUAAAAAAAUGCAGAAAUGCCCCAAGAUCAGCAUCUAGGGGCAACUUCACAAUAAUGAUAGGCAGGGCCAGGAGUUUUCCCUCACCAUGUGACCAGACCAGGGGAAAACUCCUGGCCCUAAUUGUAAGGGGAAUGGCUCCACACUACUGGGGUUUUCAUAUGAACACUGGGUCAAUGUGUUUUUGUAUUGUUUUAUUGGAAGUAUUUAAGUUUUCUUGUUUUUCAAUCAACAAACAAAACAAUCCACAUUAACAGAUGUGGCAGACAUAAACAAUAAACAAACAACAAAUUUGCAGCAGCACUAUCCGUGAACGUGUUAGCUAUUUCCAGCUUUAGCUGAGACAACGAGCUUGUUUUACAGCACUUUACACAACAUGUAUAUACACACAUUUCCUUCAUCUCCCCAUUCUGUCCAGUUUGAAAUAUAGUUGAGUAGUGGAGACCAGAGUCCAUUGAACCUGCGCCGUCUCUUGCGGAGGUCACACGUGAGUGCAGAGGUCACACGUGAGCUUUUCAAGAGGAAGAAAGUCAACAAUCUGGUCAAUCCACAUUUUAAAUGUUGGACAGGAAUUUGAAGCCCAACUUGGUAGAAUAAUUUUUUUAGCAAAGUAUGUGAUAGUCAUAAACACAUUUUCUCUGUUUAGAUCAAGAACAAAGUCCUGUUAAGCAUUAAGAAGAUAGAUACACGGGGUCAUAUCAAACUAAAUCUAAUAUUUUCUAUGCAGCAGUAUGUAUAGGUUGCAAAAAUCUGCUCGCAAUGCCAAAAUAUAUGCAUGUAAGUUCCACUUUCAGACACAGGAGGUUGGUGGCACCUUAAUUGGAGACGACGGGCUCGUGGUAAUGGCUGGAGCGGAAUUGGUGGAAUGGUAUCAAACAUGUUUUCUAUGUGCUUGAUGCCAUUUACUCCAUUCCAGUUAUUAUAAAUCAUCCUCCCCUCAGCAGCCUCCACUGCUUUCAGAUGUACAUCUUUUACAAUCAGGAGAAAUGUCUAUUCAUUCUAUGGAGUCUCACUGGGGUGUAAUACAAUUUCUA